AUGUCUUCCGCCUUGCUGGUACCACGCAAAAUUCGGCGCUUCCGCACGCAACUGCACCAGCCCCUGUGGAUAGCCAGGAAACGGCAGGGAGGAUCAAUAACGGCGGCGAGCGAUCCUCUAAAUUUUCGACCAGGUCGCCUGUUUUUCGUUGAUGGCAAAUCGCACGGCUACAGUUUUCUCGUCGGCACAGGUGCUCAAGUCAGUGUGUUGCCUGCAAGCGCCCUGGACUGUCGACGUUCCCCCAUUCGUCACCUCUCCGCAGUCAACGGCACCGCCGUUCCUGUCUAUGCUGAGAGGUCCUCGGCUCUGGAUUUGGCUUUGCGACGGCAAUUUCGCUGGAUUUUCCUCGUGGCCGUCGUCACGCACCCCGUUGUUGUCGUUGACUUCUUGAACCACUUCCGUCUCAUGGUUGACACCGCCCGUCGGCGUCUUGUCGACUCAACGACGACACUUUCUGUGGCCGGCAUUCUAAAGUUCCACCGUUCUGCGCGGCACAGCGUCCUUGGCAUUAAACCAGCCAGCCCGCAAACUGUUUACGGAACGUUGCUCGCCGACUUCCCCAGCCUUACCCAGCUUUCUGACUGGAGUCGUCCCGUGCAACACGAUGUUGUACAUCGUCACCACGGGCCAUCCCACCCAUGCCAAACCACGCCGUCUUGCACCAGAAAAGCUCGUCAUCGCCCGCCAGGAGUUCGAGCAAAUGCUUCAAAUCGGCAUCGCUCGACUUCUGACAAUAGCUGGUCUUCAGCAUUCCACAUGGUUCCCAAGAAAACGGGUGAUUAA